AUGGCCACCUGCUGGCAGGGCCUGUGGGCCUAUCGCUCCUACCUGAUUGUGGUUGUCAUGCCCAUUUUAUUGCUGCCUCUGCCCAUCCUUGUCCCCACCAAGGAAGCCUACUGUGCCUACACCAUCAUCCUCAUGGCGCUCUUCUGGUGCACUGAAGCGCUGCCCCUGGCCGUCACCGCCCUCUUCCCCAUCUUCAUGUUCCCCAUGACAGGCGUAAUGGACGCCUCCGAGGUCUCCGUCGAGUACCUUAGCGACACCAAUAUCCUGUUCUUUGGGGGGCUGCUGGUGGCCACCGCCGUGGAGCACUGGAACCUGCACAAACGCAUCGCCCUCCGAGUGCUCCUCAUCGUUGGGGUGCGGCCUGCCCUGCUGAUGCUGGGCUUCAUGUUGGUCACGGCCUUCCUGUCCAUGUGGAUCAGCAACACAGCUGCCACGGCCAUGAUGGUGCCCAUCGCGCACGCCGUCCUGGAGCAGCUGCACAAAGUCCCCACGGGCAGGAACAUUGAGGAGGGCAGCGACAACCCCACUUUUGAACUCCAGGAAUCAAGUCCCCAGAAGGAAGAGACCAAGCUUGAUAACGGGCAGGUCCACCCGGUCCGGCCUGCUCCUUCAGAGCCUGGGGAACAGCUGAACAAGGAGCAGCUCCACUUUACCAAGGGCCUGAGCCUGUGUAUCUGCUACGCGGCCAGCAUCGGGGGCAUUGCCACACUGACUGGCACCGCCCCCAACCUGGUGCUGCAAGGCCAGAUGAACUCGCUCUUCCCCCUAAACCCCAAUGUGGUGAACUUCGUCUCCUGGUUCAGCUUUGCCUUCCCCACCAUGAUCAUCUUGCUGCUGUUUGCCUGGCUGUGGAUGCAGAUCUUGUUCCUGGGGUUCAACUUCCGGAAGAACUUUGGCAUUGGGGGUCAGGAGGGGGAGCAAGAGCGGGCGGCCUACCACGUCAUCCAAUCGGAACACAAGCUGCUGGGCCCCAUGAUCUUUGCAGAAAAGGCUGUCUCCGUCCUCUUCUUCGCCUUGGUGCUGCUCUGGUUCACCCGGGAGCCGGGCUUUUUUCGUGGCUGGGGCAACCUGGCUUUUUCCAAUGCACACGGGGAAAGCAUGGUGUCCGAUGGAACAGUGGCCGUUUUCAUCAGCAUAAUUAUGUUCAUCAUGCCCUCCAAGAUCCCAGGGCUGACUCAGGAUCCAAGACAACCAGGGAAGCUGAAUGCCCCUCCUCCCCUCCUGACAUGGAAGACAGUGAAUGACAAGUUGCCCUGGAAUGUCGUGUUCCUGCUGGGAGGUGGCUUUGCCCUGGCCAAAGGCAGUGAGCAAUCGGGCCUGUCGCAGUGGCUGGGGGACAAGCUGACCCCACUGCAGAAUGUGCCACCUCCUGCCAUUGCCCUCAUCCUCUGCCUCCUGGUUGCUGCCUUCACUGAAUGCACCAGCAACGUGGCCACCAACACACUCUUCUUGCCCAUCCUGGCCUCCAUGGCUCAGGCCAUCUGCGUCCACCCUCUCUAUGUCAUGAUCCCCUGCACUCUGGCCACCUCCCUGGCCUUCAUGCUGCCUGUGGCCACCCCGCCCAAUGCCAUCGUCUUCUCUUUCGGGGUCCUCAAAGUGACUGAUAUGGCCCGGACAGGAUUCCUGCUCAACAUCGUCGGAGUGCUGGUCAUCACGCUGGCCAUCAACAGCUGGAGCUUCCCCAUCUUCGACCUGUACACCUUCCCAUCCUGGGCCCACUCUAACAUCACAGCCUUCUGCGGGGUCAGCCAGGCGAACACCACAACACCUAGCCCCUAG